AUGGGGGACGUGCAGUAUCUACGCAGCUUGCUGGUCACUCACCCCGACUUUCCCAAGAAGGGAGUCAAUUUUUUGGACAUCUUCCCAAUCCUCCGCGAUCCCGUCGCCUUUGAAACACUCAUCACGCAUUUUGUUCACCACAUCACCUCCUAUACGCUCACAAACUCAGCGUACAAGAAGAUUGAUGUUGUUGUUGGUCUCGAUGCCAGAGGAUUCCUCAUUGGCCCCAUUAUUGCCAUGAGACUAGGAGCAGCGUUUGUGCCCGUCCGCAAAAAAGGAAAGCUGCCCGGCGAGUGCGUUUCCGCAACAUACGAGAAGGAAUACGGCACCGAUGUGUUCGAAAUGCAGGCUGGCGCCAUUCGGCCAGGGCAGAAUGUUGUUGUCGUCGACGAUUUGAUCGCUACGGGUGGAUCAGCACGAGCUGCAGGCGAGCUGGUCAAACAGCAAGGCGGCCAGACUCUUGAAUACCUCUUUAUCGUCGGCUUGGUCUUCCUUGAGCAUCUUUGGAACCUCGACGCGCCUAGCUAUUCAGUUGUCCAGGCUUCGGAGUAG